AUGAUCAUCUACUCUGGUCUAGGGGCGAGGAGGAGAGAAGUCAGCCGCGAGCGAGCCUUGUGGAGGGUGUGUGAAAAAUGCCUUUCUCCCGUCAGAGAAACCAGACCCGUGAUCUCUUGAAUACAUUAUAGCUAGCGGGCCAUUGUGCAAUAGUCAGGGAGGUAUGCAAUACAGUUUAUAGGCGAACACGGCCGCUCAGAGCAAGGACCCAGCGAUUCUUCUCACUUUUGUGCAUGCUUACAUUCCGAGUAGUGACGAUCGGAUCUACGCCGGUCAAGCAGCGAUGCGAAUCUUUUUUUGAGUCACAUUGGAAGACGCUGCCAGCUACAGUUUUGAAAGGGAACGAUUCGCCACAAUUGCAGACAUGGGAGCUACAUCUUGAAGACAGACUAGACAAACUGUUGUGGAUACAAGGAAAAAGAACGAACAUAGCCUAAUUUUCUUGUCACCCACCGAUAUUUAUUGGAGCUAUCUAGCAGCUGAAGAAUACGGAAUCAAGUAUACAAUUCUAACCACGGGUAGAGUCAAAGGCUGCCUGUCAGGGUCUCGUUGACCCCCCCGUUCCUCCGAUGAACCCCCUCAACUCCAUGAAACCCGGUCUGCCUCCCACUCCGCACAGUGACGGUAACUUCCUGUAUGACUCUGCCUCCUGGCAACAAGGCACCAAUCAACAGCCAGGAGCACUCUCCGUGGUAACCACUGUCUGGGGCGUGACCAAUCCCUCGCACAGCCAGGUGUUUGGAGCGCCCAUGGGUCCGGGUGGUAACUCUGGAGGUCACAUGAUGCAGAGCAGCAGUGGAGGUGGGGGGAUGAGUCCCGGUAUGAGCCACCAGUACCAGAGCUACGGUGAUAAGGGCUACGGACAACCAGGGCUUUACGGCCGCCCCAACACCGCCUAUAACCAAGCCCCGCCAUAUGGACAGAGUUACUCUAAUAAUGGUGGUGGCGGAGGAGGUAUGGGCCAACGCCCUCCCUCUGACUUCACCCAGGCUGCUGCCGCCGCUGUUGCCGCUGCCGCUGCCACGGCGACUGCCACUGCUACGGCUACUGUUGCUGCCAUCCAGGAGAAGCAGAACCAGGAACUGAACUAUGGCCAGAUGGGUGGAGGCCCCUCCUCCUACAGUACCCAGUUCCUGUCCCACCCGGGCCCCCAGCAGGGUGGCCCCCGCGGCCCCCCAGGCAUGAGCCCCAGUGGGAUGGUCCAGUCCCGGCCUGGGCAGCACCCCUCCAUGGGGGGCAUGGGGUACCCCUCGCACCCCUCCCAGGGCCAGGGCCAGAGGAUGUCCCAGCAACACCCAGGCUACCCAGGAGGCCAACAACAAGGGCUCAAACGCCCCUACCAAUCAGAGGGUUUCCCAGGGCAGCAGCAGUAUGGUUCAGGGGGGAUGUCUCCGUACCACGGUGGCCAGCCCCUCCAGUACCCCCCCGGCCCCCAGCAGCGCCAGCCCCAGUCCCCCUCCUACCACCCCAACCAGCGUAUGCCCCCCAUGGGGCAGUACCAGCAAGGUCCACCCAACCCUGCACAGUACUACAAGCAGGAGCAGCAGUAUAACGGGCAGCAAGGUAACAUGCCACCAGGAGCAUCAGGAGGCUACAAUGCCUUCACACAGGCUGCUGUCAUUGCGCAGGGUAGCCGUGUGAUGCCGGGAUACCCCAGUUCUCCUCUGGGUGGUAACCCCACCCCUCCCAUGACACCGGGCAGCAUGCCCCCCUACCUCUCCCCCGGUGGGCCAGGGCCAGACACCAAGCCCCCCUACCUUCCCCAAGGCCCCGACGUCAAGCCCAACAUCAACUCCCUUCAGCUCCCCACUGGUAACCCUAGCGACGACCUGCGGCUGACCUUCCCAGUGCGCGACGGCGUGGUGCUUGAGCCGUUCCGAUUGGAGCACAACCUGGCGGUCAGCAACCAUGCCUUCCAGCUGCGUGACUCCGUCUACAAGACCCUCAUGAUGAGGCCUGACCUGGAGCUGCAGUUUAAGUGUUAUCACCACGAGGACAGACAGAUGAACACUAACUGGCCCGCCUCUGUACAGGUACAAUCGCACUUACAGGUGUCUGGUCCUUGCUUACAGGUGAGUGUGAACGCCACACCGCUCACCAUCGAGAGGGGCGACAACAAGACGUCCCACAAGCCCCUCUACCUCAAGCAGGUGUGUCAGCCGGGGCGCAACACCAUCCAGAUCACCGUCACCGCCUGCUGCUGCUCCCACCUGUUUGUGUUGCAGCUGGUCCACAGGCCGUCAGUACGCUCGGUUCUUCAGGGGUUAAUGAAGAAGAGACUACUGCCUGCAGAGCACUGUGUCACUAAGAUUAAGAGGAACUUCAGUAGUGGGACCAUCCCCGGGACCCCAGGGCAGAACGGAGAGGACGGUGUGGAACAGACGGCAAUCAAAGUCUCCCUGAAAUGUCCUAUCACCUUCAGGCGCAUCCAGCUGCCCGCACGCGGACACGACUGUAGACACAUACAGUGUUUUGACCUGGAGUCGUACCUACAGUUGAACUGUGAGAGAGGGACCUGGAGAUGCCCUGUGUGCAAUAAGACGGCGCUGCUGGAAGGACUAGAAGUGGACCAGUACAUGCUGGGCAUUCUAAUAUACAUACAGAAUUCGGACUAUGAGGAGAUCACCAUUGACCCAGUGUGUGGCUGGAGGCCGGUACCCGUCAAACCAGAUAUCCACAUAAAGGAGGAAGCAGACGGGCCGGUGUUGAAACGCUGCCGGACGGUCAGCCCCAGUCACAUGAUGAUGCCCAGCGUCAUGGAGAUGAUCGCUGCCCUGGGACCAGCCUCCUCACCCUACCAGGGUCUACCACCAGGGGGCAGGAACACACCUGACUACAACAGCCAAGGUCCAGGAUACUCCAGCCAGUCAGGCUUCUCUGACUUCCCCAACACCCCUGGAACUCCCACCUUGAGAGACUUCACCUCCCCUGGACCCCCUAACAUCUACCAACAGGACCAGAUGUCCCACUCUGGCCGUAUAGACCCUUCCCAUAAUGCCCUGCAGCACCAGCAGGGUCUCCACGGUAACCAGAGUCUUGGAAGCAGCGUUGGCGGACAGAUGCAGCAGCGGAACUCCAAUACCCAGAAUGCCCGGCUGCAGGUGGAGGGCUCGUUCGGCCAGGGGGGUCCAGGAGGAACGGGGGUAGCGGGAGGAGGAGAGGGAGCGGAUCACGCCUUGGAUCUUCUCCCUGAGCUGACCAAUCCAGACGAGCUGUUGUCCUACCUAGGUCCUCCAGAUCUACCUAGCAACAACAACGAUGACCUGCUCUCUCUGUUCGAGAACAACUGAAGACUCUUUCAUCCUCGUUUAGGGACUGCUUCAUCCUUCUAGAGGGGGAAGAGAGCAGGAGAGUGGAGCAAGAAGAAGAGAGCCAGGACAGACAGAGAGGGAUCCAUGUUUGUAUACCCUAUGACUGCCCCAUCCCUACCCUCUGUGGACCAGACCAACAGGCUUUCCAAGGGAAGGUGCAGAGGGUAGUGAGAGAGAGGGAGAGGGAGAGACAGACAGACAUGACUGUUUCUCUGUCAAGACUAUAGUGUUUUUAGACUUAUUGUAAAGCGUCCCAUUGCACUCUGGAUCCAUCAAAUAAGUUUUAAAAAAUUCAGAGGAAAAAGAGAAUGACUGUCUGUCCAAGACUGACUGACUGACACAUGGGACUGCCUGCACAGGCCAGCCACUAUAACUAAUUCAAUGUUCUUAAAAAAUCGCAAGCCGAAGGAUUUCACUUUUUAAUGGAUAUUUUUAGAAAUGAGGAAAAAUAGUGUUAUGUCGACUUUCCAUUGUGUAUUUAUGAUUGUGGAACUUGUCAAUUCAUGUGGAAUAGGCAUAGUGGAUCUCUGUUGACAUGACUUAGUGUCAUAAAGAAAGUAAGAGGUGGUGUUAUGAAUGCUGAAAUGAGGAUAUGCAGCCUCACACCUGGGCAAUACAUACAGUACACACCUUACUGUAUCUACACUUACAUACAAAGCCAGCACACAAAAGAAGAUGGGAGGGAUUUUUCUUACUUACCCUGAUCUAGACUUGUAGAGUGAGAGAGAAACCAGGAGAGAUACAGAGAGAGAGGUGUGUCCUAUCACACCAGUUGGUAAAUAAGGAAACUACUGCAUGUUUGAACCGUUUUUUUGUUGUUGUUGCACUGGGUAGGGCACAGAGAGAAGGGAAGAGGAGGAGGAAGAGAGGGUGAGUCAGAAGCCAGACAUGGGGAACUCUCACCUCCAUUCACACCCUGUCUGUCUCUGGUAAUCCUCCCUUCUCUCUUGCUCUCCCUCCUUGAAGAUAACAACAACUAUACUGCAGAGACAUUUAAACAUGCACAAUUGUACACACACACACUUUCAAGAAGGGAUCCCCAGUAAAGUCCUGUGCAUUGAUGGAGAGGGGGAGAAGUUGUGCUGACCAUGUGUUUCCUGUAUAUCAGGGAGUGACUGUGCAUUCUACCACCCUCUCUUCCUCCUCCAGCCCUUCUCUUUCCAGCCCCGUAACACACAUUUAAAACAAUAACAAGGUUUAAACAGCCUUUCUGCUUCCUCUCCCUGGGUCUUUAGCCUGAGGGGACUAUCUACCUGUCCCCACUCCUCUCUGAGGUUGUCAUUGGUUUGUAAAGUUUUUGUAUGAUAGGCCUAACUGUUCAUGGCACCAGAAGUUGGACGUGCAAUGUUUUUGUUAGAAAACAUUUGUGUAUGAUAUAAAUUGUUUUAUAAUCAUGAUAUUGUUGUUUAUUAGAGUAAUUCCAGAGUUGGUGAAGCUGUGCACAUCUGUCCAAUAUGUGUUUAAACUAGCAGAGGUCAUGAGUUCAGAAACGUGUCAAAUUCAUGAUGUCAGUAGACUUAUGAUGGCCUGUAUUUACAAAUCGUCUCAGGGUCCUGAUCUAGGAUGAGUUUUCCUUUUCGGAUCAUAAUUAAUAAAAUUCUCUGGGGGGACCAUGUCCUAGAUCAGCACUCCUACUCCGAGAUGCUUUGUGAAUACGGGCCCUGGUUACUAUAUGAGACUGUACAAGGGAUUUCAGAGACAAGACCAGCAUCUGCUAGGUAACAAUUUCUCAUGUUUUAUUAUUGUCUAGAUGAUGAUGCUUAAGAGGCCCAUGUCAGUAAAUACAAUUAAUACAUUGUUGAAUUGUCAUAUUAACUGCACACCAGUUUUUCUAAAAAUGAUGUGAAAUAUUUCCAUUAUGUUUUAUAAGUAAAAAAUAUUACUUCUGA